AUCUCUAAAUCCACAACACUGCUCAAAGUCGUCACCACAAGCAUGAAUAACUCGCAGUUUCGCAAGCUUAUGCUUGCAGACUCGGCAAAGCAGUCAAAAGACAAGAAUGGCGCAUCAUCAGGCGCCGCGACCCCCGCGAAGGGAGGUGCUCUGGGUUCGCGACAACGGGCAAGCAUCCCAAUGACACCACGCUCAGUUGGAGGGUCUCAGGCCGAUUUUGCGCGACAGCUUGCGGAUCGAAACAAUGCGACCCGACCUCAGCGGAAGUUUAAGACCUCUAACCCCAGAGGCGUCAAACUCGCCACCGGAUACGUCGAUCGAUCGAAAGAGCGCGAGGAUGACGAAGAUGAGCGUGCAGAGCAACUCAAGGAACUGGAUGAGGCAUUGAAGAACGAGGAGAUCGAUCAAGAGACCUUUGAGAAGCGUCGGUUCGAAAUCGCAGGCGGAGACCUCAGCAGUACACAUUUGGUCAAGGGCCUUGACUUCAAGCUUCUGAAGCGCAUCAAGGAAGGAGAAGAUGUCUACGGAGAUAAGAAACCGGAAGAAGAGAAAGAAGACGAGCCGGAAGCAGACGUCGACGAGGAGUUUGACCAGCUGGAGGACCCGGAAGUCAUGGCAGUUGUCAAGGAGAAGGAGAAGAAAAAAGGUCAGCUAUCAACCGUGUCUUUAGCGCCGGGGAAAAAACGGACAAGGGAUCAGAUUCUGGCAGAGUUGAAAGCCUCGAGAGCAGCAGCGAAAGCGCAGCAGGACUUGCUCGGAGACCGGUUCAAGAAGAUUGGGGCCAAACAGAUGCCAGGUACACGGAUUGAGCGAGACAACAAAGGAAGGGAGGUAUUGAUCAUCGUGGACGAAGACGGACACGAAAAGAGGAAAGUCCGAAAAAUACAGCCGGGAACAGAGAAGGACGAUGAGGCAGCUCGCGGUCUUCUGAUGCCAGACAAGGAUGCCAAGCCCCUGGGAAUGGAGGUUCCGGAACAAUACCGAAAGAAAGAGGAACCUGCGGAAGAAGACGAGGACAUUGACAUCUUCGACGGAGUUGGUGACGAUUACAAUCCCCUCGCAGGUAUGGAUGGAUCCGAUUCCGACUCCGAAGACGGAGGCGACGCCAAGAAGGAUGCGGAAGGUGGCACGAUUACAGAUAAGUCUAUGCCUCCACCACCUAAGCCCCAGGCGCCGUCUGCACCGCGCAACUACUUCAAGGACGCCAAGACCAGCCUUGUAUCGGAGGAACAGACCAAGGCACCGUCCAUGUCCGACCCCGCCAUCAUGGCGGCCAUUAAGCGAGCGGCAGCAUUGAACCCGAUAGCUAAGGAGAAGGGCGACGAUGAUGAUGACGAAGAAGAAGGCGAGGCGGCAAAGAACAAGGCCAUGGAGGAGCGACGGAAGAAGCUGCUUCAGAUGUCCGACCGGGACGACCAGGACCUCGACAUGGGCUUCGGCACGAGUCGCCUUGAGGACGAGGAAGACUUUGAUGAGAGUCGGGUCAAGCUGUCGACUUGGGGGGGCAAGGCCGAUGAGGGCGACGGACAAUCGAAAGGCGGACCAUCAAAACGGAAGCGGGGAGCAAAAAAGCGCAAGGGUGAUGCCAACAGCGCUGCGGAUGUGUUGCGAGUGAUGGAGGCACGCAAGAAAUCAUGAAACCCAUCAUCAUGAGACCAAGUUAGGCCUGUCUGAGUCCUCCCCUUCAUCAUGGACAACAUAUCUAGUCGGUUUUAGCGAGAGGAAGCUCGAAGUCUUGCAAUCCGGUGCAAUCUACAUUGCAGAAGCCUGUAGAAUUGCCACUCACCAGGUUCGCCGUUGAAGCUCCAAAAGUUCACCGCCAUGCGCUAAGAUGAUGGCUCGUGGUCGACUGUCACACGUUGUUAGCUGGUACAGGAAGGACCUUGGCAAUAAGCGGGGUCCACGCUUCAGAGGAUGGAUGCGCCAACCCCACCAUCAACACCUGGCAUCAUGCAGUAAGCCUCCCCCCAAUGAAACGUC